AAGAUACUUGAUUCAUCUCCCCCUUUAUUGCAAAAUGAAGCUAAAACAAAAAUCACACAUCAUUUUUCUCUUCUGGUAUCUCAUAUUUGUGUGUAAUCCGGUUCUUGGAGCCUCCAAAAAUGGUGAUGGGGGAUUUGGAUUGGAAGAAAAAGAAGAACACCAUGUCAAAAGAUUAGAUUUUCCACCAGGGUUUAUAUUCGGUGCUGCAAGUUCCUCUUACCAAGUUGAAGGAGGUUAUAUUGAGGAUGCAAAAUCCUUAAGCAACUGGGAUGUAUUUUGUCAUUCUGUAGGUUGUGGAGAAAACAGAGAGAAUGGAGAUGUUGCAGAUUAUCAUUAUCAUCUAUUUUUGAAAGACAUUGAGAUAAUGCAUUCCCUUAGCCUAAAAGCAUAUCGAUUUUCGAUUUCAUGGGCUAGAAUUCUUCCAAGAGGAAAGUUCGGUGAAGUUAAUAUUGCAGGGAUCAUGUUCUAUGACAAGAUCAUCAACAAUCUUAUUCUCAAAGGAAUUGAGCCGUUUGUGACGAUUAACCAUUAUGAUUUUCCUCAAGAACUUGAAGAUAGAUUUGGGUCUUGGCUAAACCGUGAAAUGCAGGAACACUUUGUUCAUUUGGCAGAUACUUGUUUCAAGUACUUUGGAGACCGAGUAAAGUAUUGGGCUACAAUUAACGAGCCAAACCUGUUCACGAACUUUGCUUAUAAGUGGGGGAUUUAUCCACCAUCUCGUUGCUCCAAGUUUUAUGGUAACUGUCAUACUGGAAACUCUGAAGUGGAGCCUCUCAUUGUUAUGCAUAACAUGCUAUUGGCCCAUGGCAAAGCGGUAGAGCUAUAUCGUCAAAAGUACAAG